GUACAGCGUUUGCGGCCCCUGAAGGCUGGCGUGGGACUGCUCUGAUCCGCGCGCGGCGGCGGAGCAUGGAGGGCCCCCCGGAAGGGGAGGCGCCGGCGGCGGCGCGGGCCGCGGUGCUUCAGCACAGCUCGGCGCUGCCGUCCGAGAGCGCCCAGGUCCGGGGCUACGACUUCAACCGUGGCGUGGACUACCGCGCGAUGCUGGAGGCCUUCGGCACCACUGGUUUCCAGGCCACCAACUUCGGGCGCGCGGUGCAUCAAAUCAAUGCCAUGAUAGAGAAGAAGCUGGAGCCUCUGCCGCAGGAUGAAGACCAGCACGAAGACCUGACCCAGAGCCGCCGCCCACUCACCGGCUGCACCAUUUUCCUGGGCUACACGUCCAACCUCAUCAGUUCAGGCAUUCGUGAGACCAUCCGCUAUCUCGUGCAGCACAACAUGGUGGAUGUCCUGGUUACUACGGCUGGGGGCGUGGAGGAGGAUCUCAUCAAGUGCCUGGCACCCACAUACCUGGGCGAGUUCAGCCUCAGGGGGAAGGAGCUACGCGAGAACGGGAUUAACAGGAUUGGGAACCUGCUGGUGCCCAAUGACAAUUACUGCAAGUUUGAGGACUGGCUAAUGCCCAUUCUGGACCAGAUGGUGCUGGAGCAGAACACAGAGGGUGUGAAGUGGACGCCUUCCAAGAUGAUUGCCCGCCUCGGCAAGGAGAUCAACCACCCAGAGUCAGUGUAUUACUGGGCCCAGAAGGAUCUGACUCCUGCUGCUGUCCUGUCCUGCACUCCCCCAGAACCACAUCCCCGUACUGAGCCCGGCACUCACAGAUGGCUCGCUGGGCGACAUGAUCUUUUUCCAUUCCUACAAGAACCCGGGUCUGGUCUUGGACAUCGUGGAGGAUCUGAGGCUCAUCAACACACAGGCCAUCUUUGCCAAGCGCUCUGGCAUGAUCAUCCUGGGUGGGGGUUUGAUCAAGCACCACAUCGCAAAUGCCAACCUCAUGGAGUUUGAUGGCUCUGACUCUGGUGCCCGGCCGGACGAAGCUGUCUCUUGGGGCAAGAUCAAGAUGGAUGCAGAGCCUGUCAAGGUGAGAGCCAGCCAGCCUGCUGGGGUGUAGGGUCUCCCAGCUAUAGCUCUGGGUCCUGUGGUUACCUGGGUCCCCUCCACAGGUCUAUGCUGAUGCCUCCCUGGUCUUCCCCUUGCUUGUGGCUGAAACCUUUGCCCAGAAGGUAGAUGCCUUCAUGCCUGAGAAGAACAAAGACUGACAGCGGUGGCCCUCCCCCUAUUUAUUUGUUUUCAGACCCGGCCCCUCCCCCACUCCUUGGUCAGUAGCACAUCUGGAAUAAAUGGUCUCAGUGGUC